AUGUCACUAGCUGAUACGAAAGCUGCUAUUGAGAAGCUUCUAGAGAAGGAUCUCUGCGUUUUCCUGAAGAUCAGAACGCAGCUUCACUCGCUUAUGAUCUUCUGGGAGCGUAUCAUUCACGAGAAGAACCGAUUCGAUGCUGAGGAUAAGUUUCGUGACUCAGCUUCAGGCCAGGUCGCGAAGCGUAAGGCUUCUCGUGCGAAGCCUCACGAAAGCGACUUGGAGGCAGUGGAUCAGGAGCCGCCGAAGAAAACCAAGCGAAUGAAGAUGCAGCAAGGAGGGAAUGACGACCAGGAUAAUGAUGAUAGCGAAGAGGAUGAUGAUAGUGAUGGUGACUUUGAAAAUGAGUUGGAGACGACGGACGAGGAGCCUCCGAGGGGAAGGACCAGGAAUAGAGGCGCCAGGCAGAACAAAUCCCCCGCUGUCCAAAAAGGCAAGCAACUGAAGAAGAAAAGUGCUGCAGGGCGCGGGGGCGGUCAGAAUGCCAAUACGAAGGGCAAAGUUGAGGAUCUUGGCUCGGAGGAUGAGCAGUAUAAGACUAGGCUGGCCAAACUCCUGCGAAAAUAA